CUACUAUAUAACAAAUAAUUUGAGCUGAAUGCCAAGUUCCACAAGUAAGAAGAAUGCAGCAGAGAGUGUAAAAGCAGCUGAAAGUGUCAAGGUAGUGGUGAGAUGUAGACCACUGGGUCGUAAAGAGGUGGAUGAUGGGAGGAAAACUUGUGUGGAUAUAGACACUACAAGAGGGUGCAUUGAGGUAAAGAAGCUAUCUAAACCAGGAAAUGAUAAACAGUUUACAUUUGACAAUGUGUUUGAUCAGAACAGCAGACAGAUAGACCUUUACAAGACUGUGUUUCAACCGCUAGUAGCUAGUGUUUUAGAGGGGUACAAUGGUACUAUAUUCGCGUACGGACAGACAGGAACAGGUAAAACAUACACAAUGCAAGGUACCCCUUCAGAUCCGGAACAGAGAGGUGUUAUUCCUAACUCCUUCCAGCAAAUAUUUGAACACAUCAACCAAACCAAAGGUAUCCAGUAUCUAGUGAGGGCGUCUUAUCUGGAGAUAUAUCAGGAAGAGAUACGUGAUCUACUGUCUAAAGAUACCAAGAAAAGGUAUGAGUUGAAGGAGACAGCGGACAGUGGUGUGACAGUUAAAGACUUGUCCUCCUUUGUGGUGAAGAGUGUUAAAGAAAUAGAACACGUGAUGAAUGUUGGAAAUACUAAUCGUGCUACUGCGUACACGGAUAUGAACGAGCGCUCAUCACGCUCUCAUGCCAUCUUCAUAACAACAAUAGAGUGUUGUGAAACCAUGGGAACAGAGAACCACAUUAGGGUGGGCAAGUUGAACAUGGUGGAUCUGGCGGGCUCUGAACGGCAGUCUAAAACUAACGCUUCUGGGGAGAGGUUCCGAGAAGCUACUAAGAUAAACCUGUCCCUGUCAGCACUGGGUAAUGUAAUACACGCGCUGGUGGAGGAUAACACUAAUCACAUUCCGUACCGGGACAGUAAACUUACACGCUUACUCCAGGACUCUCUCGGAGGCAACAGCAGGACAGUAAUGGUAGCAAAUAUAGGCCCUGCUGAUUACAACUAUGACGAAACCAUCACGACACUACGAUACGCUAACCGCGCCAAGAACAUCAAGAACAAACCCAAGAUUAACGAGGAUCCUAAAGACGCGCUGCUGCGCCAGUUCCAGAGCGAGAUACAGCGACUAAGAAAGAUACUGGAGAGUAAGACACAGGGUGGUGGUACAGUGAAGAGAAGGGUGAGGAGGGUGUCAGAUACUGGGGAGGAGGAGGAGUUUAGCGAGGAGGAGACAGUGGGACGUGAAGAGUAUAUAAAGGAACAACAGAAGCACUUAGAAGAAGAGAAGAAGAAGAUAAGUGAGAACCAUUCACUGAUAGCGGAGGAAAAACAACACUUAAUGGGAGAGCUAGAUUACAGAGCUAGACAACUUAAUGAGGAGGCGGAAGCAAGGGAUGCACUAAAACUGAAGCUGCAGUCAAUGGAAAGUAAACUUAUAAAUGGUGGUGAUGUUAUCCAGAAAACUGCUAUCAUGGAAAAAGAGCUGCAAGAAAAACAAAGGAAAAUUGCGGAAGAGAAGCAGAGAGCAGAUGAGAUGAGAAAUGCAUUAAAAGCAAAGGAAGAAAAAGCACAAGAAGCAAAGGAAACAUUCAAUAAUUUACAGUCUGAGGUGUCGUCUAAGACGAAGAAACUGACGAAGCUAUUCCACAAACUCCAGAACGCGGAGCAGGAAAUCAAAGAUUUACAAGAGGCACAUCGGCAAGAAAUAGAAGACCUAACUCAGACGAUGCAUGAUUUGCAGCGACAUUUGGUUACUAAGCAACUCAUUAUCAACAACUUCAUCCCCCCUUGUGACCAGGAAAUGUUCUACAAGCGGACUCAAUGGGAUGAUCUCACUAACAAUUGGAAGAUUUGUCGCUAUGAGAGCGAAGAAUUGAAAGAGAUGGUAAAGAGGCCACUAUCAGCAAUCCCUUCACAACGACAUGCCACCUGCCAGGUAGGGAAGGUGCAAAUGUUGACGGCACAUGCAUCGGAGAAACCUGUGGUAUUCCUCAGAUACAAACACCAAAAUAUCUUAAUGGUGGACCUCGAUCUUCCCUCUCGGACUACACGUGACUAUGAAGGCCCCACAGUAGCACCUCACAUUAAAGCAGCACUGGAAGCUGCUCUGGAAGAUGAAGAGGAACUGGUAGUGGACGCGGCUAAACUCAACAAACGAGAAAGGCGCAAGAAGAAGAAAUCUUCUCGAACUGACAACAUGAUGUCCAAAUCUUCCGAUAAUCAGAUCUACUCCAAAUCGAGGAAGAGAGAAGAAGAAUUGUACCCUUCAGCGCGAGGAUUACUAGGCGUGACCCCUAAACGUACUGGCUUUUAGUCCGGUUAAUUUCGUAACAUGAAGUUUCAUGAAUAACAGACUUAACUCUUUACAAGGUUUACAGGUGUUUAUAAUAAUUGUAUGGUGUUCAAUGUCCAUAAACAUGUAUAUUUAUGAAAUGUUAAUAUAUUAUGUAAAUAUUUUAUCCCUCACCCGCAGAUCAGAGAUUCUGUGAUUCAGAAAAUGUGCAGUAAUUUAUUGUUAACUUAAGCUGUUAUUCUCGAAAUUUUGUAGUGGAUUUGUUUUCUGCGGCGCUAUUGAUUUUGAGAUAUUCCCUUAUAAUUUUUCUGUGAUGAUAACUGAUUAUUUACGUAAAACGUUUUUGUUCGAAUGCUGAUUGUUAAAAUUAUAGACUAUAGGUGUUUUGCAUUGACAGUGCAAUACAGUGAUCUCAGGAUAACCUGAUAAUUCUAAAACGUGUUAAGAACCAGGCUUGCUUAAUGUUGGACUUUAGCCCCCCUCCCGCCAUAAUUUAGCUGUUAGAUAGUUCUAGAUUUUCUUCGUCAAUCUUAUUCGUAUGAAAGUACGAGGAGAAAUUAAAUUUACUUGAAUUUAAAGACAACACAGACUUAACUGAAAAUUAAUUCUGGAGGGGACCCGUCGAUUUUAACUUCGCUCAAUUAUAUAGAAAUAAUAUAUUUUAAGUUUAACUUCGCUCACCCCCUUCCCCUCCAUGUUUCCCUAGUUCUUCAUUGAUUGAAUUAUUCUUACGGAGGUUUGGACAUUGGUAAUGACUAGUUCAGAAAUUGAACGUAGUAAUUUAUGACUGUAAAAAUGAAAUUGUAUGAGCGUGUUUCAAUCGGGUUUUACUCACAAUUUUAAUUGUAAAAUGUAAAAUAUUGUAUAUGUACAGCGUUUUCAAGUUAUUAGUAUUACUGAAAC